AUGGCUUCUACUUUGUCUCUGAGGAGGGAAGGAUUCUUCUGAGUGGGAGGAGGGCGGGGGAGAGGGGAGAGGUUUCAGGAGAGAGGACAAGGUUUGCAAUAACCCGGGAGGAGAAAGGAGACACAACUGAACUGGGGGGAGUUGGAAGGAUUUCUGAGUAGGGGUUGAGGGUCUGGUAGAGGUUGGAGACCACACGUUUCCAUUAGGGCAACGUCUGUGAUGGGUCAAGGAUUCGUCAGCACCCUGGUAGAGGUGGACUGAUGGAGUUUCAGCAGAUGGGAGGGAUGAAGAGACCAGUGGGACAAGGGCAGGGGCGAUAGUGGCCCAGGUAAAGAACCAUGGAUGGGCUGGACAGAGUAGGGCAGAAGCAGGUUGGUCUGCAGGGGGAAAGCCCAGAAGGCAAUGGACUGGAGUUUCCAGACAAACGUGGUAGGCUAGCCUGGAGUUGCUGGAGGUAUCGGGUGGUGGUUGGGGUGGGGGUCAUCGUAGCAGGGGCAGAUGUGGUUGAUAACAAGGGUCUAGAUGCCGCGGGGAAUGGGGAUGCUCAUGUGGAAAUGGGGGUCACGGAAGUGGUGCUGAAGGAAUUGCACUGAGGACACACAAGGCAGACAAGUGGCCCAACUCAACAGGUGCCCUAAAAGCAGCCACGGAGGUUCUAGGGCUCCCAGGAAUCAGUCAGCAGCUUCUCCCCAACCGGGGUCACGGAGAGGGUGGGGGCCUGCCCCGAAGCCAGCAAGCAGGCAGAACGCUCUCCUGCCUGGCGCCCGCAGGCCAAGGGUCACCUCCCCCAGGAGAGGAGCCAGGAGGCCCCCCCAACCGCGCGACCCGCCGCCCAACCGGAAGCACGUGGCCCCCUCCGGCGCGGUUGCCGGGGAGACACCGGCUGUUUACCAGCGGGACGCGGCCAGGCAACCGAGGCGGAUGGACCAGCGGCGAGGGGUCUUGAGAAGCAAUGGCCACGGAAGCCCCGGUGAACAUAACUCCCCCUGAACGCAACGCUGUUGGCCGCACAGCAGCUGACAGCUUCAUCUGGCAGCCAGACUCCAUAAACAUGCACCUCACCAGGCCCAAAUCCGCCAAGGGACGGAUGCGGCCGAGUCGGCACAGACCGCAGGACGCGGCGCUGUGCUCUCACCGCGCGCCGGCUUCUCUGCCUCCAGCCAUUCGCUGUGAGUCGCCAAGCAGCCAGAAGCCAGGAGCCUGUGCACCCAAAUCUCCAAACCCGGGAGCUCCCGAUGAGAUCCCUGAGCUGCUGCAACAGGUGCCCCUGGGGGCUUCCUCUUCCCUCAAUAAAUACCCAGUCCUUCCUUCCAUCCACAGGAAGACGCUGGAGGAGGGGGCCGUGGAGACUGUCGCUCGAAAGGCCAGCUCCCUGCAGCUGAGCAACACCCAGGCUCUGUACCGAGAGGAGGAGACCGGCACUAUGAAGACAAGUGAAGAAGGUCCCAGAGCUCCAUCUUGUUCCCCAGAGAGGAAAGCCAUUGGCCGAGCCAGGAGACAGGCCUCCUCCAGGGCUGGAGACCUGAAGGAGCCAUCAGAAGGGGAGCCACGGCUGCUGCUUGCAGUCAGGUCGCUGUCGGGCCGAAGGUUCGUUCGCUAUUUCCGGCCAACUGAUGACUUAUCCAGCGUUGUGGCCGUGGCUGAACACGAGGACCAGGCUGCCUACCACCACUGCAGCAUUGAAACGAUGGAGGUGCCCCGGAGACGUUUCUCUGACCUCACCAAGUCUCUGCAGGAGUGCAGGAUCCCCCACAAGUCGGUGCUGGGCAUCUCACAGGAAGAAGGGGAGGAGUGGCCCUGAGCCCACAGCCACCCAGCUGGGGCCCUGGGGCUCUGAGUAACGGGCACGCUUGGGUGCUGUGACCUCCCAGGCAGCUCGGUUCCAAGUGCCACGUGAACCUGCUGCCGCUGUGAUCGUUGGGGCUCCCUCUCCACGGCAUCUCCUUUGGAAGCAGCGAAAUUUGUACAUGCACCCGGGGCACUGAGAAGGUUCUCCUCCAGUUCUUCAAUCCUUCCCACCCCUGGAGUGAACCGGCAGGUUGCCAGGGACGUUCCUGAAACUGCUGUGACCAGGCCUCCUCCUCCCCAGAGUUCUGGGUCCUUUCAGGAGCACCUGCCUGCCUUCCCAACGAACCCUCCCUCUCUUGAAGCCAGUGGUUUGCCUUUCUGUAUUUGAUGCAGGAUUAAGCACUUCCCAGAGAGGCUUCUAGCCUGGUAAAUAACCAGGGCUCAGGAAAUGUCGAAGUGGCAUUUGUAUUUCUUGCAAGCAUCUUUAAGAAACUGGCAGUUGACACUAUCUUAGAAGCAGCAACUGUGCUGGGAUCGGGUGGCUAGAGUUUCUUGGGGAUUACUGUUUGUGUGAUGUGGCUUCAGAGGAAAGACUUGCUAAUACAAAUCCCCCAACACAUCGGCAUUUCUGAAAUAGUCUUGGAGCUAGAAAGUAAAUUGCGUCCACAACCAUGGAUUAGCUCAGUAGCUACUUUUAAAUAGAGACUAAGUAGGUUUGCAAAUAUUGGUAACUACUCUAUGUAUGCAAAACUCUUCCCAAACAGAAAGGCCAGUGUAAUCUGAUUGCCCUUUCAGAUUUCCCUUUCUGAUUUCCCUUUUUGUCACUCGCGGAAUCUUUUGUUUUUAAAUCAUAUAAAUCUACAAGUCUGUGCAUGUUUGCGCUCAAGGCCCCCUUGGCUUAUCUGGGUGGGGAUACAGAUUUUUAUCUCCCGGGUGUCUCAUCUACUUCAAACAUGGAGACUCCCUAGAGCGAGGACAGCGGUGCCCCUGUUCUGUGAUCUGGUAACCUCCAGGGGACAAGGGUGACUCGGGCGGGUGUCACUGUAUUGCACCUGUUCCGAGAGACCACGUGCCUAAGGGUCUGUCUGAUUGGCAUGAAGUGCAUCUGAAUGCCUCAGCCCGUAGCUGUGCUCUAGAGCAUAGAGUGUUGGUUUUCCAACUCUCAAGUGGUAACGUGGACAAUUUGCCAAAGUUCUCUUGUAUUGGGAGCUUAGCAAGACUUCCACCUCUCAUCUGGAUCCUCUUUACGGCCAAAUCACCCUUCAGAGCAGGGAAACAUGUCCCUCAAGAGCUCAGCCUUCAUGAAGCCCCGAGUACCGAUGUGCUCCCUCUGCUCCUGGGUCCACAGAGAAGGCAGGAGUUCUAGAAGCAUAUCAGUGUUUCGGCCUCAGCAACAAGUGCAUCUUGUGCCUAGAUAAGGAACGUGGCUGGAUUUGUUACUUCCAGCAAAUCGCUACUCAGCCACGGAGAUUAGCACCAACGCCGUUUCCUCUCAAGAAGGCUCGCCUUGUCCUAACUGCAUCCCACACCACCCAGAUCACUGGAGAGAGGGUUAUUUCUGAACAUGGGGUAAAAUUUCCCAAUCCCGUCUCGGCUGCAAAGGUCAGCUGGGGCUUUCAGGGCCUUGGGCAGGCCCACGCAACUGGUCCCCUCUCCCAAUCACCGACCGUGGCAGAAGGGACUGGUGGCUCAAGCCUGGUACUCACAGUACAAGAAAGUAUGGGACUUUCACCUCCCACCCAGGACUCAGGCACAUAUCUGCCUCUGAUCUAGGAGGCUGGGAGAAGAGCCUCCCACAAAAUCACACCUACUCUGUGUGUAAGAAUAAAAUCCCACCCACCUGGGACUCGGUAAUUUCUCCAGGCAGGAAAUCUUUGGAAAACUUCAGUGAAACGGAGCAUGCUCGAGGGAGUUAGAAUCUUCUGCACUUAGGGGUGUGCUGCUAUUUAGCUAGAAUUUGGGGGUGGCAAAAACAAAGUGGAAGGCAUGAAACAGAAAUAUUUUAGGGUAUUUUAGGACAUGUGAAUAAAGCUAGAUCUGAGACACCUUAAUCAACUUUUUUUUUUUUUUUGGACGAAAGGCUACAAUAAAAAUCGAUUUGUGUGAAACUGAGUCAGCAGAGAAGCGUAUCUUGUUUUAGCACAGGACUUUGGCUACCACGCUGUAGCGGACAGAGGGGUUCGUUAACCUGAGCUUCUUGGGAAACCACUGGGUUCCGCUGUGAAAUCCACGUCCUCGCCCCCAGGCACCCUGGGUGCCCGCCCUUCCUGUAGCCUUUCCUUUCCGUUUAUAUGAUCUAGCACUAAGCUUCGUAUGAGAAGUCUUCCUGAACUUCUCCUACAAAUCAUUCCAAGUACUCUCCUCUUGAGGCUGGCAAGAGCAGACACUGUAUCAGAAUUUCAACGUGGUGGUUCUGCCGAUGGCACUGCCACUUGGGCACCCUGGCCUAGUGGGCUAAACUGGGUCCAGCGCCCUACUCCUGGUGGCUUGGUGCUUUGGGUGACCACUUUGUGGUCACAGACCUCCCUCAUUGGUUUAACCAGUGGUCACUGAGGACCUACCUUGUGCCAACACUUGGGUGACAGGCAUUAGGUGCCCUACCAAGAGAGCAUUGGCAAGGAAAUGUGGAACUGCCUCUGACUCUCAACUCCAGCCCAACCCGGCUGAAGUUGCUGGCUGUUAGCUUUCCCCGUGAAAGACCCUGGAGUGAGGACCAGACCAGUUGUUGCUAUCUCCUCGCCACCUCGUGGAAGUGCAAAGGGAAGUCCUCCCCACCUUUCUCGUGAUGGCACCAGCAAGUCUGGUCAUCAGGGACAUGAGCUUUGCAUAGGACAAAGCUUCAGGGCCAGUUUUCCCAGCGUUUCUCCUGAUGUAGUCCAAGAGGUAAAUCAGUCCUGGCAGCAGAAGGAACAGCAGGAGAAAUAAGUGACUCAUCAUUUAGAGUCCAAAAAAUUUUCACCAACAGAUGGCAGGUGGUUUUAACACAACAGUCCUCGCCCUGAAAGUACCUGGGGAUCUGGCCAACAGCCGGCAAGCCAGGGCAGUCCUGAUGAAGAGAUAUGUACAUGAGCAUGACUAUGGGCCGGCAGUCACCCCAGAGAUCCCACACAAAACACUCCACAAAAAGGUUGACACCAGCCUUGUGGUUUCCAUUCCAAUGAAAAACCGUGACGUCUAAGGAUAGAUCACUAUCCCCGCCAUGCGGUACAGAAGUGGGCAUUCCAGGAACUAAGCUUUGCUUUCAUCCGUGCUCUUGCCACGACCUCCAGUGGGUUUCUGGAGUCAAAUGAAGCCAUGCUGCCCCAAGAGGCAAAAAAGUUCCCGUUUCCAGUUUUUUUAAGGUCUUCACAAGAAGUUAAGAUAAAAAGAUGCACAGCUUCCCAUAGUUUGAGGUGUGUUUUAGAUGAGUGUUUUAGAUGGCAAGAUGAUCCAUGUUCCUAUCUUUUAAACAGAACUGCGAAGAAAACUAGAUGAUUCUACUUUAGCCUGAGUUUGGAGUCCGUCUGAGAAGCAGACAGGAACAUCUGUUUCCGUAGUCCACUAAGCAGUACCCCGCCAGGAAGUGAAAAGUUUGGAGCCCGUUCACCCUCACCCAGAGCCUGAACCAACCCAAACCCAGCGAAGGUCAGAGGCCACCGCGGAGGAGUUGGCAGAAUCCAAGCGGAGCCGACUUCGGGUGACUCACUAACACACAAGACGGCAACUUACAUUAUAAAAAUAAAAUUGGGUGUUUUGUUUUGUGUCUACACUGGUGAUGUGACAUUUUCCUUUCCCGAUUAGGGCAGUUUCUGGCAGCCCCUUCUGACGUCCGUCUGUGUUCCUCUACCUUCAAACCGUAGAGGAAGCAGCGGUGCUCCUGAACAAUUUAUGUGGAAGAUCAAGUCUCUGGAGGUAUUUUUGGAUGCACUUGAAUCCUAUCCGAGGAGGCUGAACAACAGAUGAGACAUGCCGGUGGGUGCAGUCAAGCAAGCCUGGCUCCAAAGGUCUGCUGUGCUCUGGGGAGCACUGUGACUCUGUGUUAGGAGCAGACUGCAGGGGCUAGGGUGGAAGAGGGGACACCAUCUAUGGCCGUGGACAGGCACCAGGGGAGAGAUGAUAUUGACUUGGGCCAGAACAGUAGCCACAGAUGUCACCAGAGGUGUCGGAUUCUGGACACAUAGCAGUUAAGGGGGGGAGAAAAGGGCAAGAUAGUUUGGCAGGUUGGGAUUUACCCAAGUGGAUGUCACUUGACCAUGUCACCACUGUGGACUGUUCUUGCAAAAAAAAACAAAAAAAACAAAAAAAAACCAAGCAAA